AUAAAUAUAAUUUUCAAGCCACAGAUGCUAACAAAGUCAGAGACGACCUUUAAAGAAAAGACCAUGACAGAGCUGAGGAAGGUGAACAGCCGAAUAAAACAAACUCGAAUGCAGCAAGAAUCAGUAAUGCAGGAAACCGAGCAGCUAUACGAUGAAAAGUUACUUGUCCAGACUGAAAACCAAUUCUUUCUGGAAUACCUAGACAAGGAAAUUGAGGAGUACAGAAGGAAGCCUGAAGAGCUAUGGGAACAUUAUUUACAAAAAAGUGAGGAGAUUGAACAAAGGAGACAAGAAUCAGCCUCCAGAUAUGCAAAACAAACCUCAGUGUUUAAAGGGGAGCUCUUGCAGAAGGAAAACCUCCAAUCCAAUUUAAAGCAGCAGUUGCAGGCACUGAGGGAUGUUUCCCUUGUAAAGGAGAAACAGGAGAGAGAAAUACAGAUGUUACAGGAGAAGAAAAAGGAAGCCCAAGCUGAGAUCGAUGCAAAGAAAUUGGAAGUCCAGCUCCAGAUGGUCCAGGAAAAAGCAUUACUGGAAAAACAACUGAGUGAGCCAGACCCGAGGCAGUUGGGAAAAAGAAAAAGAGAAGAGCUUGAAAGGAAGGCCCAGGCCUUGGAGGCAGGAGCAAAGCAGUAUACUUUUGAGUUCUACCAUGACAUGAGGAGAGAGAACGAGCAGUUAAAGAAGGAAUUACAGCAGCAAACUCAGCACUGCCAGGAGUUGGAGGCUAUUAGGAGCUGGCUCAAAAAUCAAAAGCGGCAGCUCCAGCAGGAACAGUGGUAUAUGGACUGCUUAGUCCGGGGGAGGAACCGACUACAGAGAAGGCAUAACCCGUGCCCAGGACAGGGUGCUCCAAAGACCACAAUAACACCUCUCCUAAUCACCAAAUCAAAUAUUAAUCCAAAGCAAUUCCCAAAACAACACUGA